GUAUCAUUGAAAGCCCCGUGUCGGAUGCAAAUAGAAAUUAUGUCGGUACUCUAUCUACGACGACACUUCAUAUAUUUAGUAUAAAUCAUGAGUUUUAUUUGGGACUGGUUGUCUGGUUCUGUGUCAAAGGUUCUGAGUUAUCUCGGCUUAUGGCAAAAAAACGGAAAGCUGGUAUUUUUAGGGCUAGAUAAUGCUGGGAAGACAACAUUACUGCAUCGUCUGAAAGAUGAUCGCAUGGCUCAACAUGUUCCAACACUUCAUCCAACUUCUGAAGAAUUGUCGAUCGGUGGGAUGAGAUUUACGACAUUUGAUCUUGGUGGGCAUGAACAAGCAAGGCGCGUUUGGAAAAAUUACAUCCCAGCUGUUGAUGGCCUUGUCUUUAUGGUAGAUGCAUAUGAUCGUAACAGAUUCUUGGAGUCAAAGAAGGAGUUGGACAAUCUCCUGCAGGAUGAGCAGAUAGCUCACGCUCCUAUUUUAAUACUCGGAAACAAAAUAGAUAAACCCGGUGCAGCUAGUGAGGAAGAAUUGCGGUAUUUCUUGGGGUUACAGGGAAUCACAACAGGAAAGGGUACCAUUAACAAAAGUCAAAUACCUACUGGGAGACCUAUUGAACUGUUCAUGUGCAGUAUAUUAAAACGGCAAGGGUAUGGUGAAGCGUUUAAUUGGCUUGCUCAAUAUCUUGAUUAAAUACUUAUUAUUCAUGUAAUUUAUUUUAUAUUAAUAAAAAAUGCAACUCAUUUAAUAAUCUUAAGACUGUAGGUAAACUGAGAUUACAGAUUGGUGAUAUGUACUUUUGUCAACCGAGAAUAUGCUGUUUCAGCAUCCACUUAAUCCAUUUUUCGAGUCAAUAUCCAAAUUUUGACUAACCGUUGUGUAUAGAUAGUGUGAUGAAUAUCAUCACAGUGAUGUGCUGUCGCUAGUUAGUGAUACCUGUAACAUUGACGUGUCUUCACUCAUUUAAUACUAGUCACCUCCAAUGGGAGAUAGUUUUUUGCAUAACUAAAGUUGGUACCUGCUAGCUGCAGCUAAAUACCAAUUAAUUGGGAAUGGGCAAUUACUAUUGUUUGUUUUUAUGAUUAUUAAGAUUAUAAACUACUUUCUUGUUUAUCUUAUGUGAAAUCUUCCAAUGUAAGUGUACUCUAUUACAUGGCUGUUUAGUUUACCUUUA